CUUUUGCCAAGUGCCAGGUGCCAACCCAAACCACUGUCGUCUCUCUCUCUCUCCCACUGCCUCUCUCUCUCUCUCUCUGCAUGCUAGCUGAGAACUUACCGGCGAAAAGCAAUUCCAGUCACCGGCAGCCUUAAGGUUUCCGGCAAUUCACCUCUUCAUCUUGCUCUCUACCUCUUUCCUUCCUUUGAUUCUAGGCUGAAAUUUAUCAUACAUUAUGAAUUUUAAAUUUAGAAAUGGAGACUGGGUUGGGAACAUUUAUCAAAAGUUUGAAGCAAUGUGCCAGGAGAUAGACGAUAUUAAUCCAGUUCAAUAUGUGGAAAACCAGGUGCAUAAUGUGGGUGAAAACGUCAUGAAAUUCUGUUCAGAUGUUAUUCAAGAUUUACUUCCUCCUCCAUCUGAUUCUGUUAAAACUGAAGCUAAAGCAGUUCCUCCGGAAGGAAAUGCUGCCAUUAAUGCCCAUGUUGACUCGGUACUAGCAACUAAGAAAGUUUCUUCAGAUAUUGUCACAAAGCUAUCACAUAUGGAGGCCCAUGUGAUUGAUCCUAUAGUGAAUCAGGUGGAUGAUGUAUCUGGUGAACAUCGUAUUGUAGAUCAACUCAAUACUCCUAACUCUGUGGAUGCCGGUAAGGAAUCAGACUCUGUCCUAUCAAAUGGGAAGAUUGCUGAUGUUUUGACAGAUGAAAAGUCUGAGUUAGGUAAUGAAGUAAAAGCCAUAGAGGAGUGUGCAUAUGGGCUUCUGGAGAAAACUUCUCCCAUUGAGAUAGAACCUGUUGAAGUAUCACCUGUUAAUGAAUUCAGUGACAAUAAUAUAACAAAGAAACAUGUUAUUUUGAGUGAGGUAGCGCCCCAAACUUCAGCUUAUGUUUCGGAGUCUGAAUCCCCCCGGUUCUAUGAUAUUGCUGAUCACACUGAGUGUGAUAUUGGUUCAUCAUCUGCUAAGUCUGAAAUGGCUUUUACAGUUGUCACUGCAGCAGAAGGGGAUAAUAUUGAUUCCUCAUCUUCCCAACCUGAAAUGGCUUUUUCAGUCGUCAAAAUAGCAGAAAGGGAACAAGAAUCAAACAACAGUUCGGUAUUGAAGGAUUCUAUUAACAGUCUCUCUGGGAAUUCAUCUGAAAUCUUACCCUCCAAAGAAGUUUUUUGUCAUAAUCAUGUUGAUAGGGCUAGCUGUGUUUCUGAUAGUCCUCGCAAGGUCCUGUCUCCCAUACCAGCCUCAAUUUUUUCCACUGAACACAAGGCAGUAGAGGCACAACCUGUUUCAUCCAGUUGUGCAGUAUCACUAAAAUCAGUUGGGGAAGCAAAUUGCAGAAAUAGUGAAAAUUUUUCUUUGAUUGAAUCGUCAGGACAGAAGGAUACCAAGUCCUGUGAGAUUCCUCCAUUUGAGGCUUGCAUUCCCUCUAUAGAAAUUGAUGAUUAUGACAGUAUGUAUUCUAGCAUGGAGACUAUUGAUUUGUGUGAUAAGGUGAAGCUUGAGGAGAGCUGUGUCUUUGUAGAUGAUAGUGCUCUGUAUACCAUCUCUUGCAGAGUUCAAAAGCUCAGAUCAUAUAAGAAAAGGAUCCAGGACAUUUUUGCUUCAAAGAAGAGGUUGGCUAAGGAGUACGAGCAGCUACCAAUAUGGUAUGGAGAUUGUGAUAUAGAUUCAAGCUCUCGCACACCCUUUGACAAACAGAAUUUGCAAACUCAUCAUGAAUGCGACUCUGAAUGGGAGCUCCUGUAAGUAAAACAUCUGGUCUCUGUAAAUACCUGCAAUUGGACAUCUUACGUCCUUUUGCUUAUUUGGAUGAAGACGUUGGACUACUGCUUGCUUCUAAUAUUUAUGGUUGAGGUUCACUCUUUCUAUUUAGAAAUAUAUUAAAAUAAUCAGAUAGCUAUGUGGAAGGUAUGACGAAAUUGGCGUUCUUCCUUACGCAAACUUGCAAUAACUCUGAAAUCAUUGUACAACAUUACAUUUGUGUCUUUGAUUAAGAAAAGAAUAAAAGGUUAUAAUCUUGUGCUAA